AUGGAAUAUCUGAUCCCUGACCCUACUACAUCUCAGACUUUUCACUUUGAUGAUAUUCUCUCUGAGAAUAAGCCUAUUCCCUCUAUCGAAAACCGAGGACUACAGAGCUCCACUUCUAUUUCUGCAUAUUCUUACUGUACUAUCAGUUUUAUACCUAUAGCAAAUACAGGAACGAAUACUCAUUAUAAAAAAGCUUACAAAGCUACCUCUGUUUCUUAUUCCUCUUUUCGACAAUUCAGAGUCCCUGAUCUACUCACAAAGCUUUCAGAUAGAUUAGCUCCUGAUCUCAGAGUACAAGCACGGGACAAGAUAGUCACUAGUUUCAUACAAGAUCCCUCUGCUGUUCAGUUUUUCGAGUUCUACUCCAAGUUUCAUAACCUUGCCUCUCAGGCAGAGAUCCUCAAUAACGAAUGCUUCUGUAAUGAUUUAUUCGACAAAACAGCAUACCGCUUGAUAAGUGCCUCUAGCUACGAGUUUGCACAUUCCACCACAGUUAGUGAAUUUGCUGAUGCCUUGGGCACCCUCGAUGUCAUCCAUCAACGAUUUACCGCAACCCAUGCCCUCCGUCCUCUUCAUUCUCUCCAGGGCACUCGCCCUACACAAACACCUUCCACUUCCAAUACUGCAACACCUCGUAACAGUAUUCCUGGAGUAUACAACAGAUCUACAAUACCCUCCCACAGUAUGCCUUAUUACACACCCUCCGCCCCACCUGUCCUUACUCCACAAUACUUCAUAAGUGAUCCCCCUUCUAUUCCUUCCUCUAGUUUCAGACAGUCUACUCCUCAAUACACACCUUGCAUCUCUACCGUUGUCAAUGAAACUGAUGAAAAGAUAAACCCCGAGUUGGAUAUUGAAAAGUUCAACGAAGACUACAAAGUUCACGAAGUUAAUCAACUUGAUUAA